AUGCAGGUCAGGACUGGAGGUCGUAUUUCAUCUGAAGGAUUGAGCAACACUCCAAUUUCUGACAGUUCUCUGCAAAUCCUACAGCAACUUAAGACUAAAUUCCAACGUAAAGCUCAGUCUUCUAACUUCACCCCUGUCUUCAACACGCCUUUCGCUCCUUCUUCAGGAUAUCACCAAGAGCAACACCUUUUGCGAUCGCAACUGCAACAGCUCGCACAAAAGGAUGCCACUAUUGAGGAGCUGCGUAUUCAGGGUGCGCGCCUGCUGGCUCACCUCGAGAUUCUCCAUCAGCAGCGGCAACAGAUGGAAAACGCACAUGUAGGUGAAAAUCUGCCAGCAGGAGGAAUGAUCCCUACGACCUUAGCAUCCUCCACAACUCCAGCAAUGUCGGUAAAUGCUGCCUCAUUCACAGCUCCUAAUACAGCAGCACCUGCAAUAAGUGCUUCAGUACCGCCUACCGUGCGACCAAACCACGGUAUACACGCCGCUGCCCUGUCACCUCUCCUAGAGGUAUCUGCUGAAUCAUCAUCAGGAAUUAGGUAUCCUGUAUAUCCUUCAGCUAGAAAUGAAGUUCUUACAGCUAAUGGGCACAAAAAUUCUAGAAUAGAGUCUGUAUUUCCUCCUGAGGUGGGAAGUAAUCAACCAUUAUCAAGAAAUUCUAUUAAUCGCGUCGGCAUUGAAGCUGUUGAUAGUGGCAGAGCUGUCCCUCCUGCCAGUGCUGGGGGUAACUUUGCUUCACAUGCGAGUCGUCACAAUACUUCUGGGGCACGACAGAGAGUAAUGACGUCUGAACCACGAGGGGGAGGUCCUGCUACUAUGCAUGUAACUGACGAGACAAUAAUUCGGGAGAUGUUAGCCGACAUACGGUCAUUGCGAUGUGAAGUCCAACAACUGCAACGGCAAAUGGCACAGUUAACAGGGCCACCACUUGAGGCUUUCUGGCAAAACACUUUGAUCGCUCAGCCUCCUCUAGCCCCUACAGCUAGAAGAGAUGCGGCGCCCAUGGGCCCUGCUGCGUUCCAAAGACGACCUUCCUGGACAGCUUGGAACCCACCAGCUCCCGAGCUGUCAUUGAUGCACAACACGAGAUCUGAUGUAGGUUUGCGUGUCACAAACGCCAUGUGUGCCACAAGCACUUUGCCUGCAUCACUCUCAGAGCUAGAGGGUCAAAUAAUGUGAAUGUCGACAUGUCGUACUGAGUUGUGGAGGUUUCAUUUCGUAGUUAGUUGUUUUGUUACUGAGUUGAUUUGUUCGUUGGUAUUGUUUGAUUUGUUGUCUUGUCGUUUAUCUACGUUUAUAAAAUUGUAAUUGUGAAUUCACACAAUUAAUAAAAUUGUAACAUGCGCAGGAAAUAACCAUCGCUGAAUUCGAAAAAUAAAUCGUUCUCUUUUCGCUGGCA